CUCCUUCCGUCUCUCUCAACGCGCAGAAGCCAUGGCGUCUUCGAUGUCUCUGGCUCAUCACUUGCCGAAGCUGUGCCCCCACGACCGGACUCCUUCAUCAGUCUCUCUCUGUAAUCUCAACUCAAGCGUGAAUAUUGUUGGUAGUGGCAGGCAAAUUUUGCUCUGGUCUGCUCAUAAAAGUGUCAACAAAGGUUAUGGAACUCUUCGUGUACAUGGCCUAUUUGGAGGAAAGAAGGAUAACAAUGAUGAUGCUCCUCAAAAGGCAGGGAUUCUUGGGAAUAUGCAAAAUUUGUAUGAGACAGUAAAAAAGGCACAAAUGGUUGUCCAAGUUGAGGCUGUGCGAGUGCAGAAGGAACUUGCAGCAGCGGAGUUUGAUGGUUACUGUGAAGGUGAAUUAAUAAAGGCUACUUUAACUGGAAACCAGCAACCUGUGCGCGUCGAGAUUACUGAGGCAGCAAUGGAAUUAGGAGCUGAGAAGCUGUCGGAGUUAGUCAACGAUGCUUACAAAGAUGCACACCAGAAGAGCGUCCUGGCCAUGAAGGAGAGAAUGAGUGAUCUUGCCCAGAGUUUGGGAAUGCCGCCGGGGAUGGGCGAGGGGUUUAAGCAAUGAUAGCUUCUCUCCUGCCGGGGAGCGGCUCAGAGUCGAGUUCCAAUUUUGUAUACAGUCAAGGCAUAUUGUUCCAAUUUGUACUUUAGCCAUAGAUUUUUGUAACCAUUUGAAUGCCAGUCGCGGUUUCAAUGAAAUUAGUGAAUUCAUUACGCA